AACCACCCGCCCCUCGUCAUCGUCCUUCCCUCCUCCCCUCCCCCACGAGCAAUUCCCACCACCCAUCCUGAGCGCCGCCAGCCUCCCACUCCCCGGCGAGCUGCCCCAUCCCGAGCGCCGCCAGCCUUCCACUCCCUGGCGAGCUGCCCCAUCCCUAGCGCCGCCAGCCUCCCCCAACCUCCGGUGCCUCCCGGAUCCGCCACCUCCACGCGGUGGCAGCUCCUCCACCAGAUCACGCCACGUGUAGCCAUACCCACAGUCCCGCCGGCGCCAGCGGCCCAACCCAGGUGGCGCUUCGACGGACCUCCUCCCGGCGAGGCCCGACGCCAACACCGGGGAUCUCCAGGAGCGGUCGUCCCCUGCUACGGAUCGCGCCGCCGCCGUCCCUAGCGCUUCUAUACAACCUUCGCCGACCGCCGCCACCAAUCUUCUGAUGCGCCGCCCCGGCAGAUCCGACGCGUCUCCUUGACCUCCCAGGCGACGCCACCGGCAAAUCUAGGUUGGGGCCAUCCAUCUCCUCUCGCCCCCCGGCAAGGCUCCCCCAUCACCACGCAGCCAAGCUGCCGCAUCAAACUGGCCAUUCAACAACGCCGUCUUGGGACGUUCAAUGACGUGGCCCCAUGGCGUUUGCUGUCGCAGCGCCUGGAUCACAUUGUCACCAUGCUUCACGAGGCCGAGAUAUUUCCAUUCUUCAUUCAUCGACAUCAGAUUGAACUGAGAAGUCAGCGCAGACGCAAUUUGAGCUUCCCUCUCUCUCUGAUACGGGUUCGCAAGUGUCAUGUUCGGCUGUUCGCCGCAGCAGCCCGGAGGUGCUCCUGCAGCCGACCAAGAACAGGGCUGGGACAAGGAUAUUUUUGUUCUCAAACACGUCGCUGCUGCCAUAACAAACUUAUUCUUUGGGGAUCUUUGUAUGUAAAGUGUCUCAUUCAAGAAGGAAUGGUCUGGGUGGACGAGCUAGCCCGAGGCGUGGUCUUGCUCGCCAGCGUUGGGCGCAGUUCGGCUAGAAAGAAGAAGGAGCUCCAUCCAGCCUAUGAAGUUCAACCGGUGAGCAUGUGCAGUCCGACGGCGCGUGUGUGCUUGUGUCCGGUUCACGGGCGUACCGUGUGUGGUGCUUGCAUGCACACGGAACCCACAUGUGGUGUGAGGAGAAGCCAAGCUAAAAAGAAGAACACACUACGCAAGACAGGCACAGAGAGGUUCAGGGCUUCAGGCAAUGUGAUGGCGCAGCCGCUGCAGUAUCAACUACAACAGCUCGGCGCUCCUGGUGCUCCUCUCCCUUUGCUACUUUGCAUGCUGUGAUGCCACCGCCUCCUCACUGUACGAAAAGGUUUGAGUGAGAAAAAAUUGCAGCUCAUGAAUGAACCUGGAGAAGUUCUAAUGCGAUGGUGCUAUUCUUUGCA